CUUUGGCGACGCUGUGUAUAAAUAUGUUGUUAGCAUUGUCAGAUAGGCCUAUUUUGUUGACUGAGUGCAAUACAUGUACCUGAGGUGUGUUGCAGGCAUAUCGGCAUAUUCACGUCAAUGUGUAAGCCCGCACUGCCAUCGGAAACUUAAUACAAUAAAUACCUUAAAAAAUCUAUGUCAGCACUCAAUUCUUUAUUACCCGUAAUAAUCGACCUCAUGUUGUUUGCAUCCAAAUAAUGUUUAUCGCAUUAACAACAUAGGCCUACAUAUUUGA